AUGGGCGUUCGUAUGUUCAGUACGUCCCAAGCUGUAAAAGAUAUUCUUCGCCAUUCGCCAAAUUCGUUCUUGGACAAAUGUCUUCUUUCGAGAUAUACGAGACUGAGGUAUGACCCGAAAAAUGUUCAAGCUACUUACAUUUGGAUCGAUGGAACGGGCGAACAAGUCAGAUGCAAAGACAGGAUUUUGCAAAAAAAGAUCGAAAGGCCUGAGGAUGCUCCUGAAUGGCAAUAUGACGGAAGUAGUUGCUACCAAGCUUUAGGAGAAAAUUCUGAUUGUUCCUUAAUCCCGAGGGCUAUUUAUCGAGACCCUAUGAAAUUUGGUUCAGAUGAUGUAAUUGUCCUUUGUGACACUUACAAACCGGAUGGAAGUCCUUCAGAUACAAAUCAUCGCCAUAAGAUGCAAGAAGCGAUUGAUCAAACGAAAGAACAUGAACCUUGGUUCGGGAUUGAACAAGAAUAUACCUUCUUGGAUCACGAUGGAAGACCUUUUGGAUGGCCCGUGGGGGGUUUCCCCCCUCCACAGGGUCCCUUCUAUUGCGGUAUUGGCGGAAAUCGAGCUUAUGCCCGAGAUAUUGUUGAAGCUCAUGCUAUCGCUUGUCUCUAUGCAGGGAUUCAAUUCGCAGGAACAAAUGCUGAAGUGAUGCCUUCUCAAUGGGAAUUCCAAUGUGGCCCAUCGCUCGGCAUGAAAGCUGCUGAUGAUAUCUGGGCAGCGCGUUAUAUCUUAGGACGAAUCGCUGAACUUCAUGGCGUUGUGAUAACUUUCGAUCCGAAACCCGUAGAGGGUCCUUGGAAUGGCGCCGGGGGUCAUUGCAACUUUUCAACCAAAGCAAUGCGAGAAGAGAACGGAAUCGAAGCUAUUAAAGCAGCAAUUGGAAAGUUAUCGCAAGAACAUGAAAAGCAUAUUCAAGCUUAUGACCCCAAAGGCGGAGCUGAUAACAAAAGACGACUUUUGGGGCAUUUGGAGACCUCAAGCAUUGAAACUUUCUCAUGGGGCAUUGCUGAUCGCGGAUGUAGCGUAAGGAUCCCGCGUGGAGUAGCAAACGCCGGAAAAGGUUAUCUCGAGGAUCGACGCCCUUCGAGCAAUAUGGACCCUUAUGCUGUUUGUCAUGCACUUUUAACGACUUGUUUGUUGGAUGAUCAAAAGCCAACGAACGGAAAAAAUUCUUCGUCUUCUUCCGUUGAUUGUUGCUGUAAAUAA